GCGUCGGUCAAGAGGGGGCCCUCCCCCCUCCUCGGCGGGAGGGGGGUGGUGCGCACGCCCCCGAGGACGCAGGUGUGAUCCUUCUCAUUACGGCGGCACCGUGGAAGUGCAGACUUUCACAGGGGGUGUGGUCUCAGCUCACACAGGUGCUCCAGAGACUGGUGGACCUGAACAGAGGCUGGGAGGCCCUGGUGGGCCCCGGGCCCUGGAAGGCGGGUCCCGGUGGCUGGUGGCCCAGAAUGAGGCCAGCUCCCAGUAUGCCCUGCAGCCGGACGCCAGCCCCUCGGCCUGCAGCAGUGGUAAUAACAACUCAGCUAUUCUUCAGGCAUCCAACAAGGAGCCUGGGAGUGGGACCAUGCAGAGCAGCCCCUCCCCUGCUCAUCCUCAGCUCCCAAUUCUACAGACACAGAUGGUGUCGGACGGCAUGACAGGCAGCAAUCCUGUGUCCCCUGCCUCAUCUAGUUCCCCAGCCUCUAGUGGGGCAGGUGGCAUCUCCCCCCAGCACAUAGCUCAAGAUUCUUCUUUGGAUGGACCUUCAGGCUCCUCAGAUGGUGCCACAGUGCCCCUGGAAGGGCUCAGCUUACCCCAGGCUGCUGACUUGGCUAAUAAGGGCCCAAAGUGGGAAAAGAGCCAUGCAGAAAUUGCAGAGCAAGCCAAGCAUGAAGCUGAAAUUGAAACUCGGAUUGCUGAGCUUCGGAAGGAGGGAUUCUGGUCACUGAAGAGGCUACCUAAGGUGCCAGAGCCUCCACGGCCAAAAGGCCACUGGGAUUAUCUGUGUGAGGAGAUGCAGUGGCUCUCUGCUGACUUUGCUCAGGAGCGCCGAUGGAAACGGGGUGUGGCUCGUAAGGUGGUACGCAUGGUGAUCAGGCAUCACGAGGAACAGCGGCAGAAAGAAGAACGGGCUCGGAGGGAGGAGCAGGCCAAGCUUCGAAGAAUUGCUUCCACCAUGGCCAAGGAUGUCCGGCAGUUCUGGAGCAAUGUUGAGAAGGUUGUUCAAUUCAAGCAGCAGUCCCGGCUUGAAGAAAAGCGCAAAAAAGCUUUGGACUUGCACCUAGACUUCAUUGUGGGACAAACUGAAAAGUACUCUGAUCUACUGUCUCAGAGCCUCAACCAGCCACUAGCUUCCAGCAAAGCUGGUUCCUCCCCUUGCCUUGGUUCUUCCUCAGCUGCCUCUAGUCCUCCGCCCCCUGCUUCCCGGCUGGAUGAUGAAGAUGGGGACUUCCAACCCCAAGAGGAGGAGGAAGAGGAUGAUGAGGAGACUAUUGAGGUUGAAGAACAGCAGGAAGGCAAUGAUGCAGAGACACAGAGACGUGAGAUUGAGCUGCUUCGACGUGAGGGAGAACUGCCAUUGGAAGAGCUGCUUCGUUCCCUCCCACCUCAGCUGCUGGAAGAGCCUUCCAGUCCCUCUCAAACCCCCUCAUCUCAUGAUAGUGAUACCCGAGAUGGACCUGAAGAAUGUGUUGAAGAGGAUCCCUCUCAGGUGGUGGAGGUAAAGCCCUCACCUUCAGUCACACAGUGCAACAAACAGCCUUGGCAUCCAGAGGAAGAUGAUGAAGAGUUUACUGCCAAUGAGGAUGAAGCGGAAGAUGAAGAGGAUACCAUAGCAGCUGAGGAGCAGUUGGAAGGGGAGGUGGAUCAUGCCAUGGAACUGAGCGAAUUGGCUCGAGAAGGUGAGCUAUCUAUGGAAGAGCUACUACAACAGUAUGCAGGAGCCUAUGCUUCUGAUGCCUCUGCUCCAGGCUCUGGGAGUAGCGAUGAGGAUGAGGAAGAUGAAGAUGAAGAGGUUGACACUAACAGUUCUGACUGUGAACCAGAGGAGGCGACAGAAACUGAAGAGGCAGCUCAAGAGGAUCAAGAGGAUAGUAGCAGUCAGUCAGACUCUGAUGAGGAGCAGAGUGAGGAUGAAGAAGAUGAGCAUUCAGAGGAGGAAGAAACGAGCAGAAGUUCCGAAUCAGAAGAAUCUGAGUCUGAUGAGUCUGAAGAUGCCCAGUCACAGAGCCAAGUAGAUGAAGAAGAGGAGGAAGAUGAUGAUUUUGGGGUGGAGUACUUGCUUGCCCGGGAUGAAGAGCAAAGUGAGGCAGAUGGAGGUAGUGGGCCUCCCACUCCAGGGCCUACCACUACUCUAGGCCCUAAGAAAGAAAUUACUGACAUCGCUGCAGCAGCUGAAAGUCUCCAGCCCAAGGGUUAUACCUUGGCCACUACCCAGGUGAAAACUCCCAUCCCCCUAUUACUACGGGGCCAGCUCCGGGAAUACCAACACAUUGGACUCGACUGGCUAGUGACUAUGUAUGAGAAGAAACUCAAUGGCAUUCUUGCUGAUGAGAUGGGGCUGGGGAAGACAAUCCAGACCAUCUCCUUGCUUGCGCACUUGGCCUAUGAGAAAGGUAACUGGGGUCCCCAUUUAAUCAUUGUUCCCACCAGUGUGAUGUUGAACUGGGAGAUGGAGCUGAAACGUUGGUGCCCCAGCUUUAAAAUCCUCACUUACUAUGGAGCCCAAAAAGAGAGGAAGCUCAAGCGGCAGGGCUGGACCAAGCCCAAUGCCUUCCAUGUGUGUAUUACAUCUUACAAGCUGGUGCUGCAGGACCACCAGGCCUUCCGCCGCAAGAACUGGCGAUAUCUCAUUCUGGACGAAGCUCAGAACAUAAAGAACUUCAAGUCCCAGCGCUGGCAGUCUCUGCUCAACUUCAACAGCCAGAGACGUCUACUCCUGACAGGAACUCCCUUGCAGAAUAGCCUCAUGGAACUGUGGUCUUUGAUGCACUUUUUGAUGCCCCAUGUCUUCCAGUCUCAUCGAGAGUUCAAGGAAUGGUUCUCUAACCCUCUAACUGGCAUGAUUGAAGGCAGCCAAGAGUAUAAUGAAGGUCUAGUCAAACGCUUGCAUAAGGUUUUGAGGCCUUUUUUGCUGCGCCGCGUUAAAGUGGACGUUGAGAAACAGAUGCCCAAAAAGUAUGAGCAUGUUAUCCGCUGCCGACUCUCCAAGCGCCAACGAUGUCUCUAUGAUGACUUCAUGGCACAGACCACAACUAAGGAGACACUAGCCACAGGCCAUUUCAUGAGCGUUAUCAACAUUUUGAUGCAGCUGCGAAAAGUCUGCAACCAUCCAAAUCUUUUUGAUCCUCGACCUGUUACCUCUCCCUUCAUUACCCCAGGCAUCUGUUUCAGCACCGCCUCUUUGGUGCUAAGGGCCACUGAUGUCCAUCCACUCGAGCGGAUAGACAUGGACCGGUUUGACCUUAUUGGCCUGGAGGGUCGUGUCUCCCGGUAUGAGUCUGAUACGUUUCUGCCUCGGCAUCGCCUCUCCCGCCGGGUACUGCUAGAGGUAGCUACUGCUCCUGACCCCCCGCCUCGGCCCAAGCCAGUCAAGAUGAAAGUCAACAGGAUGCUACAGCCGGUGCCUAAGCAAGAAGGUCGCACAGUGGUGGUCGUGAAUAGCCCACGGACGCCCCUUGGCCCUGUCCCACUCAGACCUCCUCCAGUCCCUGAGCUCUCAACCCAAAAUACUCCUAGCCUAACGCCUCCAGUGUUGCCAGCGCCAUUGAUGGUGUCUGCCUCACCUGCUGCAUCCUCACUUGUUCCUGCAUCCCGGCCCCCUGGACCUGUUCUUUUGCCUCCUCUGCAGCCUAACAGUGGUUCUCUCCCCCAGGUGUUGCCAUCUCCCCUGGGGGUUUCGAGUGGCACUUCACAGCCUCCCACACCAACCCUGUCCCUGAAGCCAACUCCACCUGCCCCAGUUCGUUUGAGUCCAGCCCCACCCCCAGGCUCCUCUAGCCUACUGAAACCCCUCACAGUACCUCCAGGCUAUACCUUCUCUCCUGUUGCUGCUACUACCACCUCUAUCACCACAGCGACCACUACCACCACAGCAGUGCCAGCUCCAACUCCUGCACCACAGCGUCUCAUCCUGUCUCCUGAAAUGCAGGCUCGCCUGCCAUCCGGUGAAGUGGUCAGCAUUGGGCAGUUGGCCUCUUUGGCACAACGUCCAGUGGCUAGUGCCGGGGGAAGCAAACCUCUCACCUUCCAAAUCCAGGGCAACAAACUGACUUUGACUGGUGCCCAGGUGCGCCAGCUUGCUGUGGGGCAGCCCCGCCCGCUGCAAAGGAAUGUGGUGCACCUGGUGUCAGCAGGGGGGCAGCACCACCUCAUCAGCCAGCCUGCCCAUGUGGCCCUCAUCCAGGCCGUCGCCCCGACCCCUGGCCCCACCCCUGUCUCUGUGCUGCCUUCUUCGACCCCCAGCACCACCCCUGCCCCUACUGGCCUCAGCCUUCCGCUUGCUGCUAACCAGGUGCCAUCAUCCAUGGUGAAUAGUACAGGCGUGGUGAAGAUUGUAGUGAGACAGGCCCCUCGGGAUGGACUGACUCCUGUUCCACCGUUGGCACCAGCACCUCGACCUCCGGGUUCUGGGCUUCCAGCUAUGUUGACUCCACGCCCCACAUUAAGUCCUGGCAGGUUACCCACACCUACUCUGGGUACUGCUCGGGCCCCCAUACCUACACCCACUCUGGUGAGGCCCCUUCUCAAGCUGGUCCACAGUCCUUCACCUGAAAUCACUGCUUCAGCGCCCGGAGCUGCUCCCAUGACUAUAUCCUCUUCUCUUCAUGUGCCAUCCUCACUUCCCGGGCCAGCCUCGUCACCAAUACCAAUGCCUAAUUCCUCUCCCCUUCCUAGUCCUGUGUCGUCUACAGUGUCAGUCCCCGUAUCAUCUUCCCUUCCCAUUCCUGUCCCUACCACACUUCCUGCCCAAACUUCUGUUCCCCUGACCAUCCCCAUUUCAACCCCCUUGCCUGUUUCAGCAUCAGGCUCAGCUCUGUUGACCAGUGCAACUCCAGCACUGGCACCCAUUGUCUCAGCGGCUUCUGGGCCACCUCCAUUGGCAUCAGCUGGGCCUUCCCCAUCCAUGUCAGCCUUGACUCUAGGUUUGGCCGCAGCUCCAGCCCUGUCCCCACCACAGACAGCUGGUCAUCCUCUCUUGUUGGCUCCCACUUCUUCACAUGUUUCAGGGUUGAACUCACCUGUGGCCCCAGCAUGCUCACCUGUACUGGUGCCAGCUUCUGCUCUAGCCAGUACUUUCCCAUCAGCGCCAAAUCCAGCUCCAGCUUCCCUUCUGGCUCCAGCACCUUCUGCAUCUCAGACUUUAGCCAACUCUAUGGCUCCUAUGACGGCUUCACAGACAGCAGUCCUGGGUCCUUCUCCAGCUCCUCUGACUCCUCUUCCUGUCCUGGCUCCAUCGCCAGGCUCUGCUCCUGUCCUGGCUUCACCGCAGACUCCACUUCCAGUUAUGGCUCCGUCAUCAGUGCCAGGAACCCCUUUAGCCUCAUCUUCAUUGGUGUCAGCUCCAACUCCUGUGUUGGCUCCAGCAUCAACUCAGACUAUGGUACCAAAUCCAGUUCCAUCGCCUCUCUCAAGCCUGGCUUCUACGCAGCAGACACUGGCCCUAGCCCCAACCUUAGCAUCCACUUUCAGCGGCUCGUCUCCAUCUCAGACACACUCUUUGGGGACAGGGAACCCUCAGGGCCCCUUUCCAGCUCAGACGUUGUCAUUGACUCCAGUUUCAUCCCUGGUACCACCUGCAGCCCAGACACUGUCUUUGGCACCAGGAGCACCACUGGGUCCAACACAGACACUGUCUCUGACUCCAGCACCUCCUCUGGCUCCAGCUUCUCCUAUGGGACUGGCCCCAGCUCACACACUGACUUUGGCUCCAGCAUCGUCAUCUGCUUCACUCCUGGCCCCAGCUUCAGUGCAAACACUGACCUUGAGCCCCACCUCUGUUCCUGUGCCCACCCUGGGAACAGCUGCAGCUCAGACCCUGGCACUGGCCCCAGCUUCCCAGGCAUCUUCCCUUGUGGGUGCAGCUUCUUUGCCUGUCACCAUGGCAAACCGGCUGCCUGUUGCCAAGGAUGAGCCUGAGACACUGAUGUUUCGCUCUGGUCCCCCCAGCCCUCCCUCCACUGCUACCUCGUUCAGUGGCCCCCGGCCUCGACGGCAGCCCCCACCACCACCUCGUUCCCCUUUCUAUCUGGAUUCUCUGGAGGAAAAGCGGAAGCGACAACGGUCCGAACGCCUGGAACGGAUUUUCCGACUUAGUGAGGCUCAUGGGGCCCUGGCUCCUAUAUAUGGGACUGAAGUCCUGGAUUUUUGUACCCUGCCCCAACCUGUUGCCAGCCCCAUCGGCCCUCGUUCUCCUGGCCCCAGCCACCCCACCUUUUGGACUUAUACUGAGGCUGCCCACCAGGCUGUUCUGUUUCCCCAGCAGCGACUAGACCAGCUAUCAGAAAUCAUUGAGAGGUUCAUCUUUGUCAUGCCUCCUGUGGAGGCACCUCCCCCUUCCCUGCAUGCCUGCCACCCACCUCCUUGGCUGGCCCCCCGCCAGGCAGCCUUCCAGGAGCAAUUGGCCUGUGAGCUUUGGCCCCGGGCUCGUCCUUUGCACCGUAUUGUGUGUAACAUGCGCACCCAGUUCCCUGACUUGAGACUCAUCCAGUAUGACUGCGGAAAGUUGCAGACAUUGGCAGUGCUGUUGAGACAGCUCAAGGCAGAGGGCCACCGGGUGCUCAUCUUCACACAGAUGACCCGAAUGCUGGAUGUAUUAGAGCAGUUUCUCACUUACCAUGGUCACCUCUACUUACGUCUGGAUGGGUCUACUAGGGUUGAACAGAGACAGGCCUUGAUGGAACGGUUCAAUGCAGACAAACGAAUAUUCUGCUUCAUCCUUUCAACUCGAAGUGGGGGUGUAGGCGUGAACCUGACAGGAGCAGACACUGUUGUUUUUUAUGACAGUGACUGGAAUCCCACAAUGGAUGCUCAGGCCCAAGAUCGUUGUCACCGAAUUGGUCAGACUAGAGAUGUACACAUCUAUAGGCUUAUUAGUGAGCGGACAGUGGAGGAGAACAUCCUAAAAAAGGCAAAUCAGAAGAGAAUGUUAGGAGACAUGGCCAUUGAGGGAGGCAACUUCACCACAGCCUAUUUUAAACAGCAGACCAUCCGAGAGCUGUUUGAUAUGCCUCUGGAGGAAUCAUCUGGCUCAUCUGUACCCUCGGCCCUUGAGGAAGAGGAGGAGACUAUGGCUAGCAAACAGACCCAUAUUCUAGAGCAGGCCUUGUGCCGGGCAGAGGAUGAAGAGGAUAUUCGUGCGGCUACCCAGGCCAAGGCUGAACAAGUGGCUGAACUUGCAGAAUUUAAUGAGAAUGAUGGGUUUCCUGCUGGUGAGGGAGAAGAGGCCAGUCGCCCUGGGGUGGAGGAUGAGGAGAUGUCCCGUGCUGAGCAGGAGAUUGCUGCCCUUGUAGAACAGCUGACUCCCAUUGAGCGCUAUGCCAUGAAAUUCCUGGAAGCCUCAUUGGAGGAAGUGAGCCGAGAGGAGCUCAAGCAGGCGGAAGAACAAGUGGAAGCUGCCCGCAAAGACCUUGAUCAAGCCAAGGAAGAGGUGUUCCGCCUACCUCAAGAACAGGAGGAAGGGCCAGGGGCUGGGGAUGAGAUGUCCUGUGGGAUUGGUGGAGGCAGCCACCGGCGCAGUAAGAAAGUCAAGGCUCCUGAGAGGCCGGGGACUCGUGUCAGUGAGCGUCUUCGUGGAGCCCGGGCUGAGAAUCAAGGGGCAAACCACACUCCUGUCACGUCUACCCAUCAUACCCGUAGUACCUCCACACCCUCACGUUGCAGCCCUGCCAGGGAGCGAGCUCCCAGGCCAGUGCCUAAACCACGACCUACUCCAACUUUAGUUCCUGCUACAAUUCCUGCCCCAGUCCCUGCCCCAAUUCCCAUUUCAGCCUCAAAUCCACUAACUGUUCCUAUCCAUAUCUCACCUUCUUCCCCACCUCCUCCAAAGAUUCCUCCCUCUUGUUCUUCUCCUGCCUGUACCCCUCCUCCUACCUGUACCCCUCCACCACCUCAUACCCCACCACCAGUCCAACCCUCUCCCCUAAGUCCUUCCUCUCUUGUCCAGCUCGAUUUGCCUUCUCUUCCUGACUCUCCCCCAGUCACGAAUCCCCCUUUGAGCUUGAGGCCUGAGCCAGAACUGGGUACACAAGCUUUGGCAUCUGUGGAGACCUUGGAGAUGGCUGGUGUGACCAAUUCUGGGAGUUCCCCGCUUACUCUUGUACCCCCGAAGGAUCUGCUGCCAGUUGCUGUUGAGAUCCUACCUGUGUCAGAGAAGAACCUUCCUGUCAUUCCUUCUACACCAAGUCCAACCCUGGAGGCUGGCAGCAUCCCCAAUGGUCAAGAGCAGGAAGUCUCAGAUCCUGCUGAGGGACCCAUCCUCACAGUACUGCCUGGCAGGGAGGAAUUGCCCACCAGUCGGAGUGAGAGCAAUGGGCUGGAGCUCCCACCUUCAGCAGCAUCUGAUGAGCCACUUCAGGAGCCACUGGAACCUGACAGGAACUUGGAAGAGCUGGUAGAAGUUCAGACCCUAACCUCCAGCCCAGAGAAGCCACAGGAACUUGUUACAGCUGAAGUCACAGCUCCAUCCACCUCUUCUUCAGUCACCUCCUCUCCUGAGGAUCCUUCACCUGCCCGGCCCCCUCGGCGUCGCACCAGUGCUGAUGUGGAAAUUAGGGGUCAGGGGACUGGCCAGCCAGGGCAACCUCCAGGCCCCAAAGUGCUUCGCAAGCUGCCAGGACGGCUUGUAACAGUAGUAGAGGAGAAAGAACUUGUGAGGCGACGGCGACACCGGGCAGCUGUCAGCACUCUAGUACCUGGGGUCUCUGAGACAAGCACCAGCCCAGGAAGCCCAUCAACCCGCAGCAUGUCAGGGCCAGAAUCCUCACCUCCCGCUGGCGGGCUCUGUGAAACUGCUCCCACAUCCUCACUGCCCACCCCAACCCAACCACCCUUCAUAGCUCGUCGUCGAAUUGAGCUGGGGGUGACUGGUGGGGGCAGCCCAGAGAAUGGAGAAAGGGCACUGCUCACCAUCACUCCCCCUGCUGUGAAACGACGGAGGGGGAGGCCCCCAAAGAAGAACAGGUCGCCAGCAGAUGCUGGCAGAGGGGUGGAUGAGGCUCCUUCAUCUUCAUCUACAUCAAAGGGAAAAACCAACGGGGCUGAUCCAGGCCCUGGAGCUGAAACGCUCAUUGUAGCCGAGCCUGUCCUAGGGCCCGAUCCCUUUCACAAACCAGAGCCCAUCAUUCUGUCACCUGUGGAGAAAAGAAGGCGGGGGCGUCCCCCUAAAGCAAGGGAAUUGCCCAUCCCUGGGACCAUUUCCUCUCCAGGAGAUGUCAAUUUAGAGAGCCGGACACAGCCACUCCCACUACCAUCAUCCCUGCCACCACUCCCACCACUGCUAGCCUAUCCCACUGCUACUGUCACCAACACUGUCACCACUGUUACCAUUUCAACAUCCCCACCCAAACGGAAGCGAGGCCGGCCUCCUAAGAAUCCAUCAUCGCCUCGGCCCAGCCAGCUCCCUGUCUUGGACCGUGACAGCUCUUCUGUCCUUGAGAGUUGUGGAUUGGGAAGGCGGCAGCAACCCCUGGGCCAAGGAGAGAGUGAGGGUAGUUCCUCUGACGAGGAUGGAAGCCGUCCCCUCACUCGCCUGGCCCGCCUGCGGCUUGAAGCAGAAGGGGUGCGAGGACGGAAGAGUGAAGGGUCCAUGGUGGUGGCUGUAAUUCAGGAUGACCUGGAUCUAGCGGAUAGCGGGCCAGGCGGGUUAGAACUGGCACCUCCUGUGGUCUCAUUAACCCCCAAAUUGCGUUCGACCCGGCUGCGUCCAGGGUCUCUAGUCCCCCCACUAGAGACUGAAAAGGUGCCUCGCAAACGGUCAGGGGCUCCCCUUGGUGGGAGUCCUGGGCUAACAAAGCGGGGUCGUCUGCAGCCCCCAAGUCCCCUGGGGCCUGAGGGUUCAGUAGAGGAGUCUGAGGCUGAAGCCUCAGGUGAGGAAGAAGACGGGGAUGAGACCUCACGCCGCAGGCCCGGCCCCCGCAGGCUUGCUGGGACCACCAACCAAGGGGACCAGCGCAUCCUACGCAGCAAUGCUCCUCCCCACCUGUCUGGCCCUACCAUUAGUCACAGAGGCCGAAAGGCCAAGACGUGAGUGGACUGCCUUCUCCCAGGCUUUCCACCACAGCCGUUCUCCCUCCAUGACCAGGCCUGACUCUUAACCACUACUUGAAGUCUUUUGAGGGGGAAAGCCUCCAGGGAGACAAAGAGGCCUUCUCCCUUUCACCAAAGUAGGGAGUAGGCAACUGGUUGUCAUGGAAUGGGCUGAUCACAAUCCCCCUCCAUCCCACCCCUUAUGGCUGGGCAGUGUUAAGGGUGGCAAGAUAGUCUCUGUCCCCACCCCCUUGUACUUGAUUCCCCAGCUAUCUUUCACAGCCCCAUGCCCUUAGGGGGACGGGGAGGGGCUUCUCUACAAUGAGUUUUUUUUUUCUUUUCUUUUUUUUUUAAGAAGAAAAAAAAAUAAUAAACUUAGUUUCUGUACAAGCA